AUGAGUCCGCUACAACGGAGACAACACGCACAGUCCGUUCAGCCUUAUUCCCCUUACUCGCAUAUCCUGGACGACUCUGACAAGGCACUCUUGGCUACCAUUCAGUUGGGUCCUGGAUCUGCUGACCGGGCUUUCUCUUCUCAAACCACUAACAACACCAUCACCACUGCGGAAAACACCCAACAGAUCUCGAUGUGCAACAUUCCAGCCAUGUUGCCGGGCAUGGAGAACAGUUACCGCCCCUCGACCGACUGGGAAUCCAAGCAACAACAGCAUCAUCUGGAACUUCCCCAGCCCAUUGGUGGACACCGCUCGCGUUUCGUUCGCCAUCUCACACCUGUGACUGAGCUGGACUCUGCCAGUAGCAGUGGACAUAGCAACAAUGGCAGCGCUGACUCUCCGCAUCUGUUGAGCUCUUGCGUGUCCGACAACCACAGCCAUCGCUACCAAAACCAUCAAGACCUUGCGAUUUACAAUGCUGACAAUAGCAGCAGCAGCAACCCAACCGUCAUUCUUCCUGACCAAGGGACCCCUCUUCUUCAUCAUCCUUCCGCAGUGACCCACAACCACCACCAUCACCGCCACCAGUAUGGCGCGGUUGACGGGAUCUCGGCUGCAUUCCUGCAUUUGACUCACUUGUACCACCCCUUGUCGCACUCACCCUCGGCCUCGGCCUCGCCUCCACCCUUCCCCAACUCACCUUGCUCACCCUCCAACACUCCCUUAUCCUCUUCGUAUCCACAAUCCUCUCCAUCGCCAUCAUCACCACUCGCGUAUUCAUCCCCUUACCAUCCCAAUUCUUUCGGCAUAAACAGCGACCCUGUAACCUUUGGCAGCCCUAACGAGUCGACGUUCCUUGACGGUCCUAGGUAUGGUAUGUACGCGCCCCAAUGGUCACACUCACGUUCGUUGGUCACUCGAUCAACGCCCGUCAUGACCCAUCGUAGUUCUCAAGCUCUCCUGGAGAAACAGUGCUUGCCCACGUCGUCGUUAUCGUUGUCAGCCUCGCUUGUGGUGCCACAAUCGUACAUCGUGACCCGCCAUCAAUCUCAAGCCCUACUUGCUCAAAACUCUCUCCUCUCCUUAUCCAAGAAAACGACGGACCCCUCGAUGGUGGCCAAACCCAAACCCUUGCCCUUCUCCCGUCUCUCCACAUCCAACACCUCGUUGACGGCUGCCGCCGGGGGCGCUCGGUCUUCUUCGUCGAUCACCUCGCCUUCUUCACCCCUGAACCCUUCUGGCUCAUUGCCAAGAGCUAUGAUCUCAUCUCCAAGGUCCUCGUCCUCGUCGCGGUACAAUCCCUUGAUCUGUGAGAUCUGCAGGAAAGAAUAUGCCAAUAACUCGACCCUCAGACGGCAUGCUAAGAUACAUGCCUAUGCUAGCGCCUCGUCAGAUGCACGCAGGAUCACUAAGCCCUCACCUGCAAUGUCGUUGUCUUUGGUCCAUGGCGGCGGUGGUUCUCCUGCCAGUGGAUUUCACCCUGACGGGGUCUCGGCAAUGUCUACCCUUGAGGCCGUCAACACUCAUCUCCUAUCGUCCUUCUGGCCUUACCGUGACAACCCAACCCCCACUCUCCCCCGCAGUCUCAUGGCCACUUCCAGCACCAACACCUCCUAUGCUGCUGCUAGUAGUGGUGGUGGCAGCUCGAGCUCCAUGAUUGGUAACGCCAUAACUACUCCUGGGCAGGUGCUGCAGGUUGCUACUACGACUGCAGCGAUGACGAUGCUGCCAGGCUACAACCCCGGGUAUGACCCGGCGAUCAAGAAACCUGAGUGUGCUGGGUGUAACAAGCCUUUUGCGAGACGCGAUACUGUCAUCUUGCACAUCAAGAACCAGAAGCGAAAUUGGGACUUGAUGUGCGCUACACUCCCUGAGCUCGCGGCGAUGGCGGGGUCUGAUUCGUCGACCUCAACUUACGCCGGUGCCCAUUGUGGUGGUGAUGCUGACGCUGGUGGAGAUGGUAGCGAUGGUGAGGGUGAUGAUGGUGACGAUGAUGAUGCAGAUUCGAGCAACCGUCGUACGUCGAGUGGGGCCAAAGUUUCUGGUGGUAGGGCAGGAACUACCGCGGCUCAACGGCGGAGUGUUCGUCAGAAGAGGGUCCAUCCGUUCAGAGCGGCUGAGAAGCUAUGGCACUCGACCCUUCAGAAGAAUAAGAUCCACUUUGGACCCCACAAGAAGACCACAGCCACGACGGCCAAGAGAGCGCCGUCAGUUGCAGGGUCUAGAGGUCAUGGCUGUACGUCGCGUCCGUCGUCGUCCUUCGGCAACGAUGACAUGUAUGUCGACGACCAGCUCCCUCGCCAGCAUCAGCGCCAGAUAGAUGGGGAUAUGGAGAUGAUGAACGCCUAUGUGGAGACCGACAGCAAUGAGGAUGAGAACGAAGGAAUAGAUGAAGGUGGAUGGCCGAGUGAAGAGGCGUUGGAGUCGAUGGACAAUGCGACAAAGAUCCAAUUGAUGAUGAAAAUGGCGGUCGUGCCCCCUUGCUGGAGUGAGCGUAAAGUCCGCAUCUUUGGUGUCCAGGGUACAGUUGAGGAGACCGUCCUCCAGGACUGA